CAAAAAUCCUAACUUGACCUGGUUAUCGUACAAUCUGUUCAUCAGUUUGGCCUUCGCAUAGAAACCUGAAAAAUCGUGGCUUGAAGAUGGCGAACAAGUGCCGCUGCGGUGCACAGACUAUUGGCGGGGAGAACAGAACUGUCUUCUGUGAGGGCCCCCUGCUAGAUGCUGUCCAGCGGUCGAAUAUGUUUCCCUGUUGCAAGCACUUCGUGGACAUGAGCUGCAUUUUCACACCCACCCAAACGAUGGCCGAUUUCGAUAUGUUCAGCAAUUGCCGCAAGAACGAUGGCUCCUUGAGGUUCCUGCAAAUGUUUGUCGAGAAACACUUCAAUGAUCCUGGCACGGAGUUGGAACCCUGGACUCCACCUGAUUGGAAGCCCCAACCAUCUUUUCUUAUAAAGAUCUCCGACCCCGAAAUAAAGCAAUUCGGAUCCGAUGUGAACAAAAUUUGGCUGCAUUUGGGCCGACGCAUUAAAGAUGAUGUCAAGGAGAAUCCCGAUCAAUAUUCUAUACUCUACAUACCCAAUCCUUUCAUAGUACCUGCCACGGAUUGCCGGGAGUAUCGUUACUGGGACUCAUUUUGGAUAAUUCGAGGCUUACUUCAAUGUGGCAUGCAUCAAACGGCCCGAGGAAUGAUCGACAACUUUUUGGUACUGGUUCAGCAAUACGGAUUUGUGCCUGGUUGCGGCAGGAUUUACUGUACGGGACGCUCGAAUCCACCACUUCUGAUAAUGAUGGUUAAAGCCUAUGUGGAGGUGACCAAGGACGAGAAGUACGCCAUUAAUUCGCUGCCGCUACUAGAGACCGAAUACGAGACCUUCAUAAGCAAACACUCGAUUCAAGUGAAGGGCAGAACCAUGUAUCAAUAUCGGGAUUCCUCCGCAGGACCAAGACCAGAAGCCUACAGAGAAGAUCUGAUGAGGGUGGCCACCAUUCGGGAUUCUGUGGCCCGCGAAGUUCUGUACACCGAACUAAAGUCGGCUUCCGAAUCGGGCAUGGACUUCAGUUCCCGCUGGGUUGUGUCGCCCAAUGGCUCCAAUCAGGGAUCCCUUGCGGACACCAAAACCUCGGCCAUUGUGCCCGUGGAGCUGAAUGCCAUUGUCUUUAGGAAUGGCAAAAUCCUGGCCGAAUUAAAUCGCAAAGCGGGCAACACUAAGAAGGCCGAUGAGUACCAGGAUCGAGCUUGUGGCCUGGUCAAAGCCAUUCGGGAUAAUUUGUGGAACGAGCAGGCGGGCAUUUGGUUGGACUACGAUGUGGCCAACAAUAAGCCGCGAAACUACUUCUGCUGCACGAACUUCGCUCCUUUGUGGGCCAGGGCAUUUCCCCUGGUCGACACCGAUAAGGUUUCCAAGGGGGUGAUGCAGUACAUCAAGACCAACAAUUUGGACCAGCAGUACGGUGGCGUGCCGUACACGAUGAACAAGGAGGCGGGCCAGAAGUGGGACUACCCGAAUGUCUAUCCACCCAUGAUGUUCCUGGUCGUCGAGGGACUGGACAAUCUGGGCACUCCGGCGGCCAAGGCCAUGUCCAAAAGAUGGGCUCAUCGCUGGGUCAAAUCCAACUAUGCUGCCUUCAAAUACGAGAGCUUUAUGUUCGAGAAGUAUUACUGCGAGGAAUUCGGCUCUUCUGGAGGAACUAGCCCGGAAAACACACCAGUGGGCUACGGCUGGACCAACGGCGUGGUCAUCGAGUUCCUCUGCAAGUACGGAAAAGAAAUAAGCCUAGCCGACGACCUUGACGAGGGCUGCAAGUGCAAGGAGGGCAAAUCAGGAGGGCCGAGGAACGGGAAGAACGAGUACAUCAUCACCAGUGAGGCGAACAUGGAGGAUCAGCCUUCCAAGAAGUGCUGCCUAUGUGGCAAUCCCUCAACAGGAACAGGAGUCACGGUUGCGACAGCGAACAAGUCCACAGGAGCAAUGAGCGGUCCAUAUCAACAGGAUGAUCGUUGCUCGUGUGGCAUUGCCCAAAAUCAGCCAUCUCAGCAGCAACAGGAGAAUGGCAAGUGUUCCUGUGGGGCACAAGCACAACAGCAACAGCCCAACCGGCAAUCGCAAGUUCAAAUGCAGCGAUCUCAACCAGGAGCAGAUUGCUCUUGUGGAGCAGGAGCUCAUCAGCAACAGCAAUCGCAGGGCAAGGAUUGCUCGCAUGGUGCUCCAAGUUCCGCCAGUUGUGGAGUAUGUGGUUCGCAGAAACAGCAGCCAUCGCAAGCCCAAAUGCAGCGAUCUCAGAUGCAACAAACGGGGGCAGAUUGCGCUUGUGGAGCAGAAGCACAUAUGCAACAGCAAGCCCAAAUGCAGAGAUCCCAAAUGCAGCGAUCCCAGCACGAUCCCGAUUGUCCUUGUUCCGGUCAGCAGCAACCAAAGGGGCAAUCUCAGAUGGCAGGAUCAAUUGUCUUUCAGGGGAAAAAGCCAUCAAAUGAUGCGGACUGCGAGUGUUCCGUAGAUGAGCGGCAGCAGCAACAGAUGCAGCAGCAACAGAAGCAAAAGGAAUGCAUGCAGCAGCAAAUGCAGGUGCAACAGGAGCACCAGAAGCGGGAGCAAGAGCUGCAACGUGAGCAGGAGAAGGAGGAUUGCACCACAAAGCCACAACCCCAGGAUUGCUCCCAGCAUCUCAAGAGUCAGCAGGCGGGGCAGAAGCAAUCUGAAGCCACCUGUGGUUGCGAUGUCGACGAGGACGAGGACCAGGAUCAGCAGAAGGAUCAGGAACACUACUUUCCGGUGGCCGAUAAACAAGCGGAUGAUUGCCCAGAUCAGGAGGGCUCGUACCCGGAAAAGACGGGAUGCGAUGGAUUUGGCCAGGAGGAUUGCCCAGACACACCGGAAGAAGAUUGUGGUUGCACUGGAAAGGAAAAGGUGCAGCAGGCACCCAUUCCCGAAUGUGCUCAGCCGAAACCGCAACAAUAUGGAGCUACCGAUGAUUGCAGUUGUUCAUUGGGGCAAGGUCAAGGUCAGGGUCAAGGGAAAGCUGACCAGUCGACCUUCAUAUGUCCGCAUUGUGGUGGCAUAACAAGUGAGCCGCAUUUCAACCACGUGUCCACGCAAUCGGUGGGCACCAAUCGACCCACGAUGGCGGCGGUUGAUGGCUGUGACUGCUCCAAGGAAGGUGGUGCUCCAGCGGGUCAGCAGCAGCGAGGCAUGUCCAGCAUGGGACUCCAUAGUGGUCAGAACAAGGCGGUUGCAAGUGGUCCGGGUGGUGCCCAGAAACCCGAGUGCGGUCCCUGCAAGCUUCACAUGCCAGAGGAGUAUCCAGCGAUGCCCAAGCCCAUGUUUAACAAACAAUUCCCACUGGCGGAUCCUCUAAGUAAAAUCGGCACUUGCCCCACGGACAAAGGAUCUGAAGGGGCAGAGGGGAAAAAUAAGAAAAAGUGUUGCAACUGCGAUGAAAAGGAAAAGGAACAGGAAUAGCUGAACUACACCAUUUAAAAUCUAGCGAAGGCCAAACAGAAGAACUGGAAUCAAAAUUUAAGUGUGACACAAUAAUAUUUUAAUAAUAGAUAAUAGAUAUAGAUAUAUACAUAUACAUAGAUAAA